ACGAGAUGCACUGGCGUUGGCCCGUGGGGCGGAAGAGGCGACGGCUGCUGCCGGGGAUUCGUGGUCUCUGCCUCCCCGCCCUGUACUCCCUGACAAGGCGGGCGAGGGUUCCCCGAGGCGUCGGAGUUGGGCGGGCCCAGCCGCGAACAGCGGCGAGGGCGGCGGGCACGGCCCCCGAGGCACCGCAGCUCAAGGUGGCCGCGGCCCGGCAUCCCCACUUCCGCCCGCGCUCGGGCUCCCCCGUGUGGCGGCCGCCCCUCCGGAAGGCAACUCCGCGGCGCCGGAGAACAUUUCCAUUCGCUCCCUAGGCGGCUGCCGCACCGCUGGUUGCCUUUCUCUUUUCUUGUUUCCUCCUUCCUCCCCUCCUUCUCCCCGGCGGUUACAGACUAACGCGCCUCAGACCCCAAAACUAAAGUUGAGAGAAGCUCCCGCUGGAGCAGCUCCAUGGCCCCGCCGGCCGCGGGCUCUUCCUCCCUCCGCGCGCCCCUGGCGGCUCGGGGAGCAGGCCUCUACCUCCGGGCCCACCGGUCGGCGGAUACAGACUGUCCUUGCGGAGAGGACGGGACUGUCGGCAAGGGAGGGAGGUGCCCGGAGCGGAUGGCAGAUGCUGGAGAGGACAGCUGUCGUUUGGCAGUGCUCCCGGCCCUGAAGGGGAAUUGGUCCUUCAGUCCUGAAGGAAUGCCAGAAAAAUGAUCCCAGACUGAUUGGAGACAUUAAGUUUUCAUUGUGCAUCCCAGUGGUCGAGAAAGAAAUGGGGGCAAUAACAAGCUAAAGGUGGAGAAGAGAGGAAUCCAAGGGGAUAUGAGAACUGUUAGUUUCACCCUGGACAUUUCCUCAAAGCUAGUUUAUUUGGAAAGCCUGUCUCUCUGCUACUUGCGAGACCUUGCCUGGGCUGGUAAGUUUCUUUCAAUUCUUUUGUCCCCUGAGGACUGGCAAAGGGAGGUUCCUAGACUUUAAGGGACAUGGAUAAAAGUUGAAGUCUCUAAAGGAAAAUCUGCAAGUGAAAAAUCUAAGUAACACUUCUGCCUCUACCAAGGUUGGGCUGCUUUCCUUCCAACAUCAUACAGUAUAACUGAGAAAGGCAGAAAUUCUCCAGAUGUCUUCCAGUAAUGACCAAGUUUUUGUCCCAAUGGCACAAAGAAACACCAGUUGCCUCCCUGGGAUGACCUCCAAUGACCUGAAGACAUUAACUGAAGGGACAGUAUUAAGUUUUCAUAACAUCUGCUAUCGAGUUAAAGUGAAGAGUGGCUUUCUACUUGGUCGAAAAACAGUUGAAAAAGAAAUACUGUCAAAUAUCAAUGGGAUCAUGAGACCUGGCCUCAAUGCCAUUCUGGGACCCACGGGUGGAGGCAAAUCUUCGUUGUUAGAUAUCUUAGCUGCAAGGAAAGAUCCACAUGGAUUAUCUGGAGAUGUUUUGGUAAAUGGAGCUCCUCAACCUGCCAAUUUCAAGUGUAAUUCAGGUUAUGUGGUGCAAGAUGAUGUCGUGAUGGGAACUCUGACAGUGAGAGAAAACUUACAGUUCUCAGCAGCUCUUCGGCUUCCGUCAACUAUGACAAAUCAUGAAAAAAAUGAACGGGUUAACAAGGUCAUUCAAGAGUUAGGUCUGAGUAAAGUGGCUGAUUCCAAGGUUGGAACUCAGUUUAUCCGAGGCGUGUCUGGAGGAGAAAGAAAAAGGACUAGUAUUGGGUUGGAGCUUAUCACUGAUCCCUCCAUCUUAUUCCUGGAUGAACCAACAACUGGCUUAGACUCCAGCACGGCGAGUGCUGUCCUUCUGCUCCUGAAGAGGAUGUCUAAACAGGGACGAACAAUCAUCUUCUCCAUUCAUCAACCUCGUUAUUCCAUCUUCAAGUUGUUUGACAGCCUGACCUUGUUGGCCUCAGGAAGAUUAAUGUUCCAUGGGCCUGCUCAGGAGGCUUUAGGGUACUUUUCAUCAGCUGGCUACCACUGUGAGGCCUAUAAUAAUCCUGCAGACUUCUUCCUGGACAUCAUUAAUGGAGACUCCUCUGCUGUGGUAUUAAACAGGGAGAACCAAGAUGGUGAAGCCAAAGAGACUGAAGAGUCUUCCACAGGAGAUACUCCACUCAUAGAAAAAUUAGCUGAGUUUUAUACCCGCUCCACCUUCUUCAGAGAAACACAAGUUGAGUUAGAUCAACUCUCAGGGCAUCAGAAAAAGAAGAGCCCAGCCUUCAAGGAGAUCACCUAUGCUACCUCCUUCUGUCAUCAACUCAGAUGGAUUUCUAAGCGUUCAUUCAAAAACUUACUGGGUAAUCCCCAGGCCUCUGUAGCUCAGCUCAUUUUAACAGUCAUCCUGGGAUUGGUUAUAGGUGCCAUUUUCUAUGAUCUAAAAAGUGAUCCUACAGGAAUCCAGAAUAGAUCUGGGGUGCUUUUCUUCCUGACAACCAACCAGUGUUUCAGCAGCGUGUCAGCUGUGGAGCUCUUCGUUGUGGAGAAGAAGCUUUUUAUACAUGAAUAUAUCAGUGGAUACUACAGAGUGUCAUCUUAUUUCUUUGGAAAACUGAUAUCUGAUUUACUACCUAUGAGGCUAUUACCAAGUAUUAUAUUUACUUGUAUAACAUACUUCUUGUUAGGAUUGAAACCAGUGGUAGAUGCCUUCUUCAUCAUGAUGUUCACCCUUAUGAUGGUGGCUUACUCAGCCAGCUCCAUGGCACUGGCCAUAGCAGCAGGGCAGAGUGUGGUGUCCGUAGCAACACUUCUUACAACCAUCUCUUUUGUGUUUAUGAUGAUAUUUUCAGGGCUGUUGGUGAAUCUCAGAACCAUUGUGCCUUGGCUCUCGUGGCUUCAGUACUUCAGCAUUCCUUGCUACGGCUACACAGCUUUGCGGCAUAAUGAAUUUUUGGGACUAAACUUCUGUCCAGGACUCAAUGUAACAAGAAAUGGAACCUGUAGCUAUGCCAUAUGUACUGGUGAAGAAUUUUUGCUAAGCCAGGGCAUCGAUAUCUCACGUUGGGGCCUGUGGAAAAAUCAUGUGGCCUUGGCCUGUAUGAUUGUCAUCUUCCUCAUAAUCACCUACCUAAAGUUAUUGUUUCUUAAAAAGUUUUCUUAAAUUCCCCUUUAAUUUACAUGAUGUACCCACACAUUAAAAAGAGAACAACUUGAUGGAUAUAUUCAGUGAAGGUUUUUUUGUUGUCUUCAUUUGCCAUCAUACUGUGGUUCAGCAAGAAUUAUGUUUAACAGAAAUAUUCAUAGAAAUCACAAUGAACUGAAUUAUACGUGAAAGAACACAAGUCAUGAACUAGUAAUAUUACGUGUGGCAUAUUAGUUCAUCUAGUCAGACAGUAAACGUGGGAGAAAGUGAGUUUACUUUCUUAACCUAGAGAAGAACUGAAUUCUAGAAACUUCUGACAAGUUACAUUUCUGGUAUCAAUUUCCUCACUUUUAAAAUGAUUACAAGGUUAGUUGCCCUCCAGCUUCAGUAUUUUGUGAAUCUGUCAUCUGCCAUUAUUUAAUAAAUAAUAAAUAACACAUGUAUUGAUGCUGUA